AUGUCAUCAAACGUCUCAAACGAUUUCAUCUGGGCUGUCACCUCAAAACAAUCAUCAUUCUUAGUCAAACGUCCAAACGUUGUCUUAUCCCGUGAUCCAUUAAAUGUUUCAGGUAAAAACACCAAAACCUCAUCAGGUUUAGUUAACCAAAAAGCUUUCGGUAUCACCCAAGACAAAACCGGUGCUAUUACUGUUGUUUCAAAAUCUGCUAAAAACGCCAACAAACCAGCUAAAAACUUAAUCAGAACCACUUACUCACAACACAAAUCACCAAGAAGAACCGCUUUAGCUGUUGCUAACUUGGCUAAAGGUUACAGAGAUGAUUUAAGAGCUGUUGCCGUUAAAAGAGCUUCUCAAUACUCUCACUCAAAAUCUGUUAAAAAAUCUUACCCAACUUCAGUUAGAGGUAAAAAAUAA